UUUGCAGCUUCUUCUGCUAAUGUGGGCACUAUUGUUGGAAGUAUUAUUGCCAUUAUUAUUGUUGCUGUACUGGUCGCUGUGGGAGCUAUAAUUUGGAAACGAAAGUAUUAUAAGAAACCUGACCUCUCGUCUCUUGAAGAAAGAGAAUUCACCAGGCUGACCCCUGAAGAUAGUAUCACUGUUCAAGAGAAAGAUUAUACUAGCACAGAACAAAAUGGAGAUGCAACUUACUGUAACUUCAAUAUUGCACAAGUGAAUACAAAGAUUGCAGUUGACAACCUAAACGAUUACCUGCUGUCUCACAAAGAUGAAUUUCUUAUUGAACAGUAUAGAAGUGUUCCAAAGCCUAAGAAUGUGACAACAGAUGUUGGAGUAAGUGAAGAGAAUAGAUUAAAGAACAGAUACAAAAAUAUCUGUCCAUAUGAUCAUUCAAGAGUUCAUUUAAUGAUAAAUACAGAGAAACAGGAAGGAGAUUAUAUCAAUGCUUCCUACGUCAGAGGUGACAGCAAUGAUGUCAAAUUUAUAGCAGCUCAAGGACCAUUCAGUAUAGUGGUGAAUGACUUUGUCAGAAUGUUGUGGGAACAGAAAAUAGAGAAAGUCGUCAUGCUGACUAACUUGAUAGAGGAAGGAAAGACAAAGUGCGACAAGUAUUGGCCUGACAGUGGGAAAACAAUGUUUGGUGAUAUCAAAGUAAGAUUAAUAGACACAGAGUCAUUUGCUGACUAUACCAUUAGGAAACUACAACUGGAAAAGAAAGAUGCAGCUUCUCGCCUGUUGACUCACUAUCACUUCACUUCCUGGCCUGAUCAAGGUGUUCCCAUGACUCCCUGGGCUCUGGUAGAUUUUGAACAAAGAGUUGACAUCAACAGCAGUACAGCACCUGUUGUCGUUCACUGUAGCGCUGGUGUUGGUCGUACAGGGACUUUUAUUGCUCUUCACAACAUCAUGAGUCAGGCGAUGCACACUGGACAUAUAGACUUUUAUAAUACUUUGGUCAAAUUGAGGGAAGACAGGUUUCUAAUGAUUCAAACACCUGAUCAGUAUGUCUUUCUACACAAAGCUGCGCAAGCUGCAAUAGUUUCCAUGGGAACAACAGUGACAUCAAUAGACAGUCAAACUCGAUUCAAUCAUUUACAGCAGAAGACAAUGACAGGAAUGUCAAACAUGGAGAAUGAAUUCCAGAGUAUUUGUGCAAUAUGUAAGAAUGAAACUGGACUACAAAAAGAGGAUGAUCUCCUGUAUCAGAAUACAGAAACCUUACAAAAGGAUUCUAAAAACAGAUUCUCCUCAAUAGUUCCAAAAGAUUGUUACAGACCAUUUUUGCAGCGAGAUUCUAAAGACAUGGGAGAUUAUAUCAAUGCUGUUUUUGUUCAGGGCUUUCAUAAAAAAGAUCAACAAAUCUUAACUCAGCUCCCAAUGCCUUUAACCCUGGUUAGCUUCUGGAAACUGGUCACUCAGUACAAAGUAUCACUUAUCGUGGCUUUUGACACGGACAAAAUGAGCACUGACCAGACCAUUGCCAACUACUUACCAAGUUCAGAGAAACCAUUCAGUGCUCCCCCUUAUGAAAUCCAGUCUACAGAUUUGAAAGAAGAGAAUCUCUGGGUAGAGCAAAACAUUAAAGUUGUCAACCAAAGCUCUAAAAUAGAACACAGUGUCAUUCAUCUCAAGUGCAAGGUCCAUGAUCCAGAUGCCAUGAGACUACUCACAUUUGUCAAUAAGUCAAGGUCCUACAAUGCCCUAGUCAAAGGGAGGAUACUCUAUACUUGCAGAGAUGGGGCUACAUACAGUGGACUGGCCUGUGUCUUGUCUUUACUGCUGGACAGAAUGGACCAUGACACUUGUUGGACUGUUCCCCUGGUAGUUGGCAGUGUUAAGUCCAUUAGACCACAAGUCAUUCCUACAUUUAAACAGUACAAUACCUUGCACGACGCCUUACAGAAAUACAAUGAGAUGAACAGCAAUGACAACACCUACGGCAACGUGGACGAGAACUUUUUCCCAAAGUAUUUGAAGUCAACUAGAAAGGAACAGGUCCAGUCUCUGGAAGAAUCCGAGGAUGGCAACAUUUACAGUAACAUAGAUUGAUCAUUUACAACAUGUCUGUUCAUUUACACCAACAUUUAGUGUAUUACACAUUAGUAGACAUCAUUUACUGUUAAUUGAUAUAUAAUUAUAAGUGUUUGUUUUUAUUCUUCAGAAAUCUUUAAGUAAAUAAAUGAUCUCUGUUUAAGGCUUGGCAUAAUGUCAUCCAUAGACAAUUUAAUUUGUUUUUCCCUUUAAGUGUUGCCAAUUUAGUUCUUUUGGUAAUGAACUAAUUUUGCAUAAUAGGUUUUUUUUUCAUGAUAUUAUACAGGUAAUAAUCAUUAGAUAAAAGGAAUUACUUUUCAAUUACGUUGAAAUUGCUUACAUUUACAUUUUGGUAAGGAGGAAAAAAUCUUAAGCUGAAGUAAUUUGAUCAAUAAUCUUCCAAUUAGUUCAUGGCUAGAAAGAAUGUACUGUAACAUUAAGAAAAAUAGUGUCUAAAAAUAAAUCUGCUUAAGUGUGGCACCUGUCUCAAGAGAUAUUAGUCAUGUUUUUUACUUUUUGAGUCAUGAAAAAAUCUGCUCUUUGCCACUUUCCAUGCAUUGAAAGAAAUAUGCCUUUGGGGUUUUUGCAGAUUUGACGAUUUUCUUCCUCUGUUGUUUAUCCAGGGUCAUCUCACCCCUUCAUUUAUACGAAUGUCAUACCAGCAUGCAUAAUAUCUCUAUGCUGUCCCAUCCUUGGCAAAGUCCCUCUAUAAAAUUUCUUUCAUCAAUGCCAUGGUCCUGAGGUCUCACUUGCAGACAUCCCUGUAGGCUGAAUGUAGUUUUUAAUUAAUCAAUUAAAUUAAAUUACUAAAUCACCUUCACCUGUCUCUUAGUCUGUUGGACCAUUGGGACACCUUGCAAGAUUUGUCAAUCAUUUCUUAAUUCCUCUCUGUCUAAAUAAAAAAUAAUAAAAAAAGGGAACACUAUUAGAUAAUGAUUUGAAGUUGAAAUCAGAAUUACUGACUUUUACUUGAUUAAGUUUGAAAUCAUCAUACUGGUUGGAAUAAUUUAUCAUUUUAAACACAUGAAAAGAAAUAUGACUCACAAUUAAGCAUUUGUAAUAUAUCCAUGAUAGUCAGGAAUCUUCUUUAUUUUUAUUAAGAUUUAGUGUAAGAUUUAUAAGAAAGUUCUUUUUGUUUUGUAAAGAUUUACACAUUUUUCAUGUUAAAAAAUAAGUCAGUGUACAUUUUUUUUACUGUUUAGUAUCGAUGCUAAUCACUUUAGAAACAAACAAUCAAUGAAUGUUGAGGAGAAUUGUAAACAGUAUUAAUGAAUACUUUUUUUUAUUGCUAGCCACUGUAUUAGCUAAUUAGGUAGGUAUUAAUGUUAAAAUCUGUGAUAUUUUAAGAAAAUCCUUUUAUGAAUGAAAUGAUUUGUAAAUAGUUUGUUUGAAAUUGAAAUAUUUAUUUUAAUUUAUGCACUUUGACACAAAGUUGUAAUUGAGUUGAUUUAUUCAGUUUUUAUUCCAUUCUAUUCAACAAUUACAUGUUAUACAGCAUAGCUUCAACAUUUGUUGGAUAACUAGCAAAGCUUAUAUCAACUCUGACUGUCUGUCUAGUAAAAAGUGUGCAUGCUAUUUCUCCCACACCCAUACUCGGAUAUAAAAAAACAACAACAAAUAAGUCAAUUAAUUAUUGGUAAUUAAUUAUUUUGCAUGAUUUGAAAUAAGGGAAAUCACUUGCACACUAUUGAUAGAUAUAGUUUAAUAGUGAAACUCUUCCCCUUUUUUUUAAAAAAAAAAUGAUAUUUUCAUAAUUUUCUUGUUUAGAGAGAUUAGUUCACAUGGUUGCCAACUAGUUAAUUAAUCCUGUAGUUCGUGGAACACCUAUUCAGGUUUCACAGAACACUAGGCUUCUGCGGAACACAAUUUGGGAAACACUGCUGUAAGGAAAGUUGACUGGUAGGAUGGAAAUCUGUUCCUCUUUGAUGAGAAUUAUGCAACAUGCCAUUCAGAUUGCGUCCCAAGGGUUCCUGGUAAGAAUGGAGCCCUUCCUGCUGCUGUCCUUUAUGGUGUUUGGAAUGGGAGGUAACCCUCAUUUGUAAAAGAACAUCUUUUGAUCCUUUCAAUAUGAAAAAAAUAAUGAAGGAAGUGCAUUUAAUAAUAUACUUGCAAUGCAAGAUGAUACCCCUACAUUCCUUAGAGACCAUUAAAUUAUGUCAAAUUUUUUCAAGUAAAUGCUUAACAUUGAUGAAAAGAAAAUACUUGACAUUCAAUAUUUGUUGAGACUGCUAUGCAAAAUGUUUGUUUGUUGUAAAAUGUUUGACAUGUUUUGGAUGUUCAUCCAGAGUUGAAGAUAAUUUACUUCCUAGUCCAAACCUACCGCAGAACAACGGGAAUAGUCGCGGGCAGGGUUUGAACUUGGGACCAUCGAAAAGUCUUAAACAACAGUCCAGCGUGCAAACGGCACGACCAGGCAUGUAAAAGUUGUAAGACUAUUGUGAUUUAUAAUUUUGUUCAUAUUUGAAUGUAUAUAAAUCUUUAUAUAUCUUAUUCAUUGUCAGACCUGAGGUUAUGGUCACAAUGCUUAUUUUAUUAUUCAUGAAACUUUUUUUUUUUUUUAUGUACUCUUUACUACUUUAUUGUUGUACUUCUUGCUUUGUUAAUGUAUAUAUUACAUCCACUUUAUAGUUGAAUAUAAAAUUUGUUUAUGAUAUUUUUGUGAUCAUAGUGAAAAGCAGCUUUAAAAAUGUUAGUGAAACAUUUUUUUUUCCAGUCCUAAUUUUUGUUUCAAGUUUAAGCUUAGUUUAAUUGUUUGAUGAAUUCUGGGGAUUUUUUUUAUAUUGUUUUGUUUAAAAUUUUAAUUUUCUGUUAUUUUAUACUAUCUAAUGUAAUAUGGUGUUCUGAAUUGCUGUGAUGAGAUCCUGUACUGAUGUUGUCAUAUGUUUUGACACUUUAUUGUUAAUUUUCCCUGUUAUAUGUUAUUCUUUUUCUGAUUAAUGUAAUUAUGGAUACGCCAAAGCACCAAUGACUAAAUAAAAGCUUGUUACAUUUUUGGUUUUGUUACUGCUACAUAUUAAAUAUUAUUUUAAACAU